AUGUCUAGACUCCUCCUCCUCUAUUUUCUUUUCUUACUCUUGUCCUCUCAGAUUCUUUCCUCCUCUUUCUCUUUCUCUAAUUCCACCAAACUAUGCCCGCAUCACCAGACCCUUGCUCUACUCCACCUUAAGCAAUCAUUCUCUAUCAACAAUUCUAGUUCUUUGGAUUGCCAUGCCGUUGGUGUCACGUCUUAUCCCAAAACAGAGUCUUGGAAGAAGGGCAGUGAUUGCUGCUCAUGGGAUGGGGUCACAUGUGAUUGGGUGACAGGCCAUGUAAUUGAACUGGACCUCAGUUGCAGUUGGCUCUUUGGCACCAUCCAUUCCAACACUACCCUCUUCCUCCUUCCUCAUAUACAAAGGCUCAACCUGGCUUUCAACAACUUUAGUGGGUCCUCUAUUUCAGUUGGGUUUGGUCGGUUCUCAAGCUUGACGCAUCUCAAUCUCUCUGACUCUGGAUUUUCAGGCCUAAUUUCACCAGAAAUAUCUCACCUCUCCAACUUGGUUUCACUUGAUCUCUCUUGGAAUUCUGACACAGAAUUUGCCCCGCAUGGCUUCAAUUCUCUGGUUCAAAAUUUAACCAAGUUGCAAAAGCUUCACCUUGGAGGUAUAUCCAUCUCUUCAGUUUUUCCUAAUUCCUUGCUAAAUCGAUCUUCUUUGAUAUCAUUACAUCUCUCUUCGUGUGGAUUGCAUGGGAGAUUCCCUGACCAUGACAUUCACCUUCCGAAACUUGAGGUUCUCAACUUAUGGAGAAAUGAUGAUCUCAGUGGAAACUUCCCACGAUUUAAUGAGAACAAUUCCCUUACGGAGUUGUAUUUAUCAUCCAAAAAUUUCAGUGGAGAGCUUCCUGCUUCAAUUGGCAAUCUAAAGUCUCUGCAGACUUUGGAUCUCUCCAAUUGUGAAUUCUCAGGGUCCAUCCCUGCUUCGCUAGAGAACCUUACACAAAUCACUUCUUUGAACCUCAAUGGGAAUCAUUUUAGUGGGUGUUCCAAACUCAAAUCCCCAUUCAUGAGCCUAAGAAUCAUUGAUCUUGCUCACAAUGAUUUCGAGGGUGACUUGCCUGAAAUGUAUUUGAGAAGUUUGAAAGUAACAAUGAAUGUAGAUGAAGACAACAUGACCAGAAAAUAUAUGGGGGGUAAUUAUUAUGAAGAUUCCGUAAUGGUGACAAUCAAGGGGUUGGAGAUUGAAUUUGUGAAAAUCUUGAAUGCUUUCGCAACAAUUGAUUUAUCGAGCAACAAAUUCCAAGGAGAGAUUCCACAGUCCAUUGGCAAUCUUAAUUCACUUCGAGGGCUCAAUUUAUCUCAUAACAACCUUACAGGACACAUUCCAUCAUCUUUCGGAAAUUUGAAGUUGCUUGAAUCACUGGACCUCUCUUCAAACAAGCUAAUUGGGAGUAUUCCUCAACAAUUAACAAGUUUAAUAUUUCUUGAAGUUUUGAAUCUUUCCCAAAACCAUCUCACUGGAUUUAUACCUAAAGGUAACCAGUUUGACACUUUUGGAAAUGAUUCAUACAACGGGAACUCAGAGUUGUGUGGAUUUCCAUUGUCAAAGAAAUGCAUAGCUGAUGAAACACCGGAGCCUUCAAAAGAAGAAGAUGCAGAGUUUGAAAAUAAAUUUGAUUGGAAAUUCAUGUUGGUGGGAUAUGGAUGUGGAUUGGUGUAUGGAUUGUCUCUUGGGGGUAUCAUUUUUUUAAUUGGGAAACCUAAAUGGUUUGUCUCGAUUAUUGAAGAGAAUAUUCACAAGAAGAUCAGAAGGUGUAAAAGGAGUACUUGUCGGCAAGGAGCAAGAAGAAACUGA